GGUCAUCUCACACAUCCCAUCACUCAACUCCGGUGCAACCUCCCCCCCAAGCCCCUGUGUCACCUCGCAGCAACACCUCUUGGCACUGUCCUCUUCGCCUCUCAUCGACAUAAACGUGCUCCAUUUUGAACCCCAAUGGUAGCUACAUCCAACCCGAGCCAACAACAUUAGCGACUAAGCUCUUACUGCCGACAUACGCAAUUUCGGCUCUGGCGGCGCAAUCUGCGACGACACUCUCAACACACACCGGCGCAACAUUGCAUUCCUCGUUCAUUGUCCCCCACUUCCCACCGUCCAUCCCCGAUAAUAACACUGUCCUCAUCACGGCCCGCUCCGUCGCCCAUCCCGCCAUCGGGGCGAUAGUAAACCAUGCCUCCGCCGGCAUUGGCAGCAGCGGCGCCGUUGGCGAACAGCACGAGCGCAACAGCGCUGACCCCUCCGCCUCCGCCUCCACCGACAAAGCUCGAGGCAAUACGCAGCAAGAUGCCGUCGUCGGCCUCGAGCCGCGCCGAGCGCGUCGAGGCAAAGUACGACGUUGUGCUGGACUAUCCAAACCUCGAGCUGCAUUCCGCUGCCGCUAGCGGCAACGUUGGUCUCGUGCACUACGCUCUGACGCAUGGCCAGCCCGUCAACUCGCUCCUCCACGGAUGUCUCCCGCUCCACGCCGCUUGCUCUGGAGGAAGUGUCAGUGUCGUGCGCAUGCUCAUUGAGCGCGGCGCAGACGUCAACGCUCCUAGGCUUCCUCGUCGCUACAGCGAGAACAAGCGUAGUGGCGCUCCGGCAGUGGGAACGGCAGCAUCACAAGGGUCCACACCGCUACACUUUGCCGCAGCCAAUGGCCACGCACCGAUUGUGCAGAUACUCCUCGCGUGCGGGGCGGUCCCCGACAAGCAAGACAAGAACGGUCUCACACCACUUGACCUGGCAGAUCUCAGCGGAUACACCGAGGUCGUGAGGACGCUGGCGGUGUGGAGCCGGAUAGCCGCCCCAGCAUCUUCCGGAGAGGUUGUUGGCGAGAGCUCGACGACAAGACGAGCCCGCGGACACUCGCUCGGCAGCACCCAAGUGCCAGUAUCAGAAGAGGAGUUUCCAUCGCGCAGGGGCAAGGAAAGAGCAGGCAGUGCCGUUAGCCACGCCUCGGAACGCGGCAUCCGCCUUCUAAGGUCUAGCCUUGAGAGCGGCUUGAACGCCGUCCGGCCCAUGACGUCCACAGCAAGCGAAGGGAGCGAGUCUACGGCUGGACCAGGUGAUACCAACACUCCGAAGGGUGGACUCGCCCGGAGCAACAGCAGCACGCGCAACCAUACACCUCCAAUCACCCUUCCGACGUCACUUCAAAUCACUAGCACUAUUGACAGCGAUAACCCGAGCUCCAACCUCGCCUCACCCCUGCAAUCACACACAAACUCUCCUUCCAGCGACGACGAGGAGCUCAGCCGCCCAGGAGCUGUGGACGGAGCUGACGCUCAAAAUCCGUCGCCUGGGCCGCGCUCAUCACGCCGCCCGUCUCUGCCAUCAAUAUUUGAGAGAGCGGCACACCCGGGGGUUGCGUUCCGCUCCGCGAUGCGCAAAUCUCCACAAGACAGCUCGCCCUCGAUCAGCGAGUCGUCACCGCCACCCAAUGCCCAGCUUUUCCGAGGCCGAAGCCGCACCCAGCACGACGCAGGUGGCAAUCGGCCAAAGGUCAACAGACAAGCGAUCCUUCAGCUCUUCCGCCGUGGCCAGUCGCCCCCGUCACGCAGUCCCAGCCCUCCCAAGCGAUCUGAUUCCAACCGUCUUCUUCCUUCACCUUCGGACCGCGAUCAUGACGCCGACAUCAGCAGGCAUACGAGCAUGGACCCAGAGCUGGCCGAAAUGGUCAAGGAUAUCACUCGUCUUGGGGAGCAACUGAACACGGCCGCCGUGUUGUCCGCGCCGGCAGCAAAGACGCACUUCUUUGAAGGCGAUAUUGAGAACACGUCGCGAUUCAGCGUUGCUUCAGAUCCGCCACACCGCGAAGCAGCAGCGAGUGGUGACAGGUCGUGGGACAGACGCACCGUCCGGAACGGCGCGAGCAGCGGCGUCAUCAGCCCCAGCCCUCUGGCAAACGAGUGGGGCCUGGGUGAAGACGGCCAAGACAUUGUCUUGCGAAGGACUCAGGUUCGGCGAUCUCUGACCGAUAUCCGGAAACCUUCCCACAAUGCCCCACGACGCAUGAUUAGCACCCCUGCCAUGCCAAUGACCAAGCCCCGUUCGUCGACGCUCCCAAGCCAACACCGCAUCUUUUCGUCGGACAGCUCUGUCCCCGCCAGCGCUUCGACCAGCCCGCCGGGCAACGGGCCACUCGGCUAUGGUUUACCAGAAGUCGACGUCGUGGCAAAUGCGGUCUCGGCACGUGCUCCAGAAGGUCAAAAUAACGGCGGCAGGAAUGUGGAUUCCACCAUGCCCCAUCUUGCCCCCUCUGAGGAGUCGCACGCGGAAGGCGACGAUCAGUUCCACGAAGAGCAAACAAAUGUUCGUCGAUUUCGUGGUGAAAGCAUUGGCUCCAAUGGGACCGUCUCGUCGCGCCUCAUCCUCACUCCGCCUGGUUCGACUGCCCCAACCUUCGGCCACACCACUACGCUCCCCCGAACGGAAGAAUCUGAACGACAGAGUGAUAUGCGCUCCCUCGGUCUCAUCGUCGACGGGGCGAUCAGCAGUGGAGCUCGCUCGCGAGCGCAGAGUGCAUCUUCUGGAUCGACCAACUACGGUCAUCCGAAGCCACUCACCCCGGUUACCCGUAGCCCGGGUGCUGGGCACACUACGAGCCGUGAUAGCUCUCGUCCUCCACGACCUGCAAGUCGCCAGAUUUCAACCCAUGCCGAGGCGCAGGAUGUGCUUGAGCAGACCGAGCGAGACAUCUUGGAGAUUGCUCAGAUGCCCCUCACUCAGGACAGCAGCAGAACUCUGGCGGACCAGCUGGCGGCCUAUGGCGAGAGCCACGCCAUUGCCCAGGAGUUUGCUCGUGCCGAGAGAAGGAGCACGGUCAGCAGUGGUUCUGAGCGGCGUAGCUACGCAAGCAGCACCAGCAAUCAGCGCCGAUCGGUGAACGGCAGUAGCUCGCGUGUUUCGUCCACCAUUCUUGGUGACCCCAACCUGCCAAUGGCAGCCGUGAACGACAUUUACGACCGCCGCAACGCUGCCUACCGGGAGCGGCUGACCGCGCUGGCGGCUGUACCGCCCAUCUACCAUCACCACACUCGUGCUCAUCCAACGGCUGGGGCGCGGAGCCGCUCAUACUCGAGCAGCGACAACUGGGUGACAGCGGGUCCCGGCGCAACGACGGCUAGGAGCCUAGGCCACCCCCGUCGUUUGACCGACCCUUACAAGACCCCCGAUUCCAACCUCUCUCCACCACCGACUGCCGACUCGAGCGAUGUCGACAACCACCCACAUAUCUCUGGGCCGAUGCCUAUGCCAGCGUCGAAUCAGGCGCCGCUCGGCAAGAAGACUGGCCGAUCGCCGGCAACGUCUCGUGCCCCCCUGCCGCUUCACAAGUCGCCGCCGCUCUCUAGUUCUCACGCGCCUGCGCCCGAAACAGGACUCGCCCGCGGCGGUUCUAUUAACCGAUACAAGGGCCUCGCGCAAGCGCGCGCCUUUGCUACUGCCUCGUCUGUCCCACGCUCUGCUGCCUUCUCAAGCGCCUUUGCCGACGCCCAGGACUCGGACGAAUCCGACGCGCAACGGCAGGCCCCGUACGUCGUCGCGCCCGCCAGCUUCAGCGGCAUCGACCCCUACCCCGAGAAGAAGUCGGGCAAGUGGGGCCAGCUCCGCGGCGCAAAAGACCAUAUCAAAGGCGCAUUUGGCUCCCUACGGCGCUAGUCGCCUCCUCCUUGUACAACUUUUAUCCUGUUGUGAUCAUCCUCCCUUGGUUGUCAUCUGAUGAGAAUCGUCACGACCCACAUAGACUUGAGUGCAUCGCGAUGCUACGCGUAUCAUGAGUGAGAGGGGCCCCAGAGCUGUUGUUGGCAACCACAACAUGAAUCAGUCUGCAUGUGCUGGAGUCUGUGAGCUGACUUUACGAGCUGGUUACGGCUCCCAGAGAGAGAGAGAGAGAGCUAUACACUCCUUGCUCGUGUGUAGCGUUGCGUUACUGUGCUCAGGAUCACGUGUCGAACACAUGUCUUGAAUGCCCUCAGAAUCGCGGCGAAGGGCCGAUAUCAGUAGUCGCCAGACGCCUUCAGCCCGACCUCGACCCCACGCCGCUAUCAUGAAUGCGAUGCAACCAUGCUGCUGCUA